AUGCUAGCGCUAUCGGAAUGUUCUACAGAAGUCACAGCUGCCCUGGGACAUACUGACAGAAGCAAGGUCACUUUCCCAAUGGACUUCUCAUCUUUUAUGGAUAUUCGCGGAUGGCCAGUAACGUUCGGACUAUUAUUAAUUUUCCUCAAUCUUCUCUAUUGGUAUUCUAUAUAUCCCUUUUCAGUGCUCAGAGAAUGUGGCAUCACUCACCCCAGACCAAUACCCUUUUUGGGGAAUAUUUUUUUGUUUCGUGAGGGUUUCUAUAAUGCUAUGACAGAGCUCAUUAAGACACAUGGUAGAGUGUGUGGGUAUUACUUGGGCCGCAGACCGGUGGUGGUGAUCGCUGACCCUGAUAUGCUCAAAGAGGUGUUGGUCCGAGAUUUCAGCAACUUCCCCAAUCGAAAUUCCUUCCGAUUUGCCACGAAGCCCAUGAGUGAUUGUUUGCUGUUGUUAAAAAGCGACGAGUGGAAAAGAGUCCGCAGCAUCCUUACCCCAUCUUUCAGCGCAGCCAAAAUGAAAGAGAUGGUUCCACUCAUCAACACAGCCACCAACGCUCUGAUGGACAAUCUUAAUGUGUACGCAGAGGCAAAUGAGGCCUUCGACAUCCACAAAUGUUUUGGCUGCUUUACAAUGGACGUCAUUGCCAGUGUGGCCUUUGGUACUCAGGUGGACUCCCAGAACAACCCGGACGACCCGUUUGUGCACCACGCGCAGAUGUUUUUCUCGUUCUCUUUCUUCAGACCCAUCAUGCUGUUUUUCAUUGCCUUUCCUGUAAUCCUGGGUCCUGUGGCGAGGCUCAUUCCAAACAAAAGGCGUGACCAGAUGAACCAGUUCUUCAUCAGCACUAUUCGGAAAAUUAUAAUUCAAAGAGAGGAGCAGCCUCCAGAGCAGAGACGUAGAGAUUUCCUUCAGCUGAUGUUGGACGCACGCAGCAGAGCAGACGAGAGCAUAUCUUUAGAAUACUUUGACUCUGGGGUCCAUGAUGCCGACCCUCAAACCCCAUCAAACCAAGACAGUGUCAGGAGCCAGACCCCCCAAGAGCCGUCCCCGAGGCGCGCUCACAGAAAAACCAUGUCAGAGGAUGAGGUGAUCGGACAGGCCUUUGUCUUCCUCUUGGCUGGUUAUGAAACAAGCAGUAACACUCUGGCCUUCACCUGCUACCUGCUGGCGCUGCACCCAGAGUGUCAGGGCAGGGUCCAGGACGAGGUCGAUGACUUCUACACUCGACACGAUUCCCCAGAUUACACAAAUGUUCAAGAGCUCAAGUAUUUAGACAUGGUCAUAAGUGAAGCUCUGCGCAUGUACCCUCCUGGAUUUAGGUUUGCUCGGGAUAUUGAGAAUGACUGUGUGGUUAAUGGACAGCGUCUGCCUAAAGGAGCCUGGUUAGAAAUCCCAGCAGGAUUUUUACAUCAUGAUCCUGAGCACUGGCCUGAGCCGGACAAGUUCAUCCCAGAAAGGUUCACUCCAGAAGAAAAGGCCAAUCGACAUCCGUUUGUGUACCUUCCAUUUGGGGCCGGUCCUCGGAACUGCGUGGGCAUGAGGCUGGCGCAGCUGGAGAUCAAAAUGGCGUUAGUGAAUGUGUUUCGCAGGUUCACCAUCGUGACCUGUGCUGAAACAAAGGUUCCACUCGAGCUGAAGUCUUCAAGCACGUUGGGUCCCAAAAACGGCAUCUAUGUGAAAAUAAUGAAAAGGGACGUGGGCAAAGAGUCUCCACAGAUGAGCACUUGA